AUGGAGGAGAUUAGAAAACAGAAUGAGAGGGACGAGGCGGAGAGGAAGAGGAGAGAGGGGGAGAAGAGAGUGAAAGAAGAACGAGAAUUGCACGAACGGCACAUUAUUGAAGAACGUCGUCGAAUCGAGGAGGAGAUCACCAUUGAACGAAGGCGAAAAGAACAAGAAGAAAAACAAAAAGCAGAAGAUGACGUUGCUGAGAAAGAGCGAAUCCGUCGCGAGGAGGAGAUCCGAAAGAGAGAAGAAGAGCAGCGAAGAGACGCUGAGCGAAGGCGACAAGAAGAUCUCAGAAUUGAGGAGGAGCGUCUUAAAUGGGAGGAAUGGAAGCGACAAGAGGAUAUCAAAAAAGAAGAAGAACGCAAGCGUCAACAGGCUGAGAUGGAGAAACUGCGAGAACAGACCAAGAAGCCAAUCGAAAUCCCGGCAGCUGAUUCG